GCUCCGGUCCCGCACGGCCGCGAACCUGCCUCCCGCGCAUGCGCGCGAGUGGGUGACGCAGGACCAGGACUCGAGCGUCCAGCAAAGAAGCCUAAGCCUGCGACCUUGCGCUCUCAGCCUGAUCCCUGUCCGGCGGCCUGAACAUUCGCAGCUGAAGAGAUGGCAUUUGUGAAGAGCGGAUGGCUGCUUCGACAGAGUACUAUUUUGAAGCGCUGGAAGAAGAAUUGGUUUGACCUGUGGUCAGAUGGUCACCUGAUCUAUUAUGAUGACCAGACCCGGCAGAGUAUAGAGGAUAAGGUCCACAUGCCAGUGGACUGCAUCAAUAUUCGCGUGGGGCAUGAAUGUCGGGACAUCCAGCCUCCAGAUGGGAAGGCCAAAGACUGUCUGCUGCAGAUCGUCUGCCGAGACGGGAGAACCAUCAGUCUCUGUGCAGAGAGCACCGACGAUUGCCUGGCAUGGAAGUUUACACUGCAGGAUUCGAGAACAAACACAGCUUACGUAGGCUCAGCAAUCCUGUCUGAAGAGACUGCCGUGGCCGCCUCGCCACCCCCCUACGCCGCCUAUGCUACACCCACCCCUGAGGUCUAUGGCUAUGGUCCGUAUAGUGGCGCGUACCCAGCGGGAACCCAGGUUGUGUAUGCUGCCAAUGGGCAGGCAUAUGCUGUGCCGUACCAGUACCCGUAUGCAGGAGUUUAUGGACAGCAGCCUGCCAAUCAAGUCAUCAUCCGUGAACGGUACCGAGACAAUGACAGUGACCUGGCGCUGGGCAUGCUUGCUGGGGCAGCCACAGGCAUGGCCCUGGGGUCUCUGUUUUGGGUCUUCUAGAGCCUUCAAGUUGUUCUCUGCAUAGCUUCUUUUAGUCCUGUGUGCAAUAAUUUGAUUUGCAGGGCAUUUCUGUUUGUGACACGUGUCUUUCGUAAUAAUUUAAAUAGUUCUUUUGAAGGUGGCGAUCCGAUGAUUGUGGUUGACCUGCAUGGUACUGAAAUAUGCUGUGAGUGAGAACCUGAGUUCUUCAGGGUCCUGGCUUACACCAAGUCUCUCUUAGGGGACUCUUGGAUGGCUUUAUGUAAUCACUCCCAUUUCAAAGGGCAUUUUAUGUUCAGUUAGGUGCAGUUCUUAAUUAAGGGAUGAUUUUCCCUGCUAUGCCAAUAAUAAUGAUAAUAGUAAUAAUGCUGAUGGAUGAGGGUGUGUGUGACUGCGGUGAGGAAUUACAGCUCCUACUUUAACUGUGAAAUCUCACUCUGGACCUGGCCUGCAUGUUACCUCAGGAGCUGUGGGCCAGCAGCUUCUGCAGGGCUGAGGUGUGAGGACCCCAUAAAGCCACGCCCUGGAGCUCCCAGCCACCUGCAGGACAGACAGCUCAGGAUGGAGAGGGAGAUCCCGUUCCUCUAAAAAUUAUGCUCCAGGAGUCUGCCCGGUUCCAUUCUCUUGUUAUUCUUCUGUUUGAUUGGAAAGGGUCUCAACUUAGGAAUCGAUUUGAGCCUCAGAAUUUGGGCCUUUCCCUUUAAGCCCUGCUGAAUGAAGAAGUGUGUGGCGAGGGUGAGGGCAGGCUGGCAGCUGCCAGGUGAUGUGUGUUCAGCUUCUGCUGCAGGUGUGUUGAUUGCCCGCUCAGUCCGUGUAGAGCCUAUUUUUCUACUUGUAAAGAAAGUAUGUGAGGGGAAGCCUUAGUUAGGAUGUUCCUGGUCGGGGGAGAGCCUUAGAAUGUUUCUGCCUCUGGCCUUCUGGGGCCCACAAUGCACAGGGAUGCCCUUUAGCUCCCGGAGAGGCUCUUCCUGAGCAGUGGUAGGGAGGGCCCCGUGGCUGUCCAGAGUGAGGAUGAACCCCAGCUGGGGGAGACUCAGGUUCUGAGUGAGAAAUGGGGUUGGGUAGAGUCUCAGGGAUUUGCUCUAAUCCCUCAUGUCAGUGGGGAUCCAGUCUUGUUUUCAUUCCUGACCCGCUCAUUGAUAGAAAUGCUUAAAACAUAGUCCCCAUGUUUGAUGCUCUGGGAGGCCCACAGUCCUGCUUUCUGAUUAAAAAAAAAAAAAGUGUUUCCAAUAUUAGAAAACUCAUGUUCCACAUGUUUAAAAUUUUAUGUUCUUUCAUGUGUUAAAGCUCCUAAUUACAGCUUUGUGACUGGCAUGUGUUAAACACUGCCUUUUCACAAAGGUAAGGCAGCACAGUGGAAGCCCCGUCCUUUACUUAGCAUCCCCGCCCUUUACUUAGCAUAGCCCCGCCCUCUACUUAGCACAGUCCUGCUUCUCCUGAGUGCUCAGAAAGCACACAUUCUGACUGUGUCCAGCCCAGUGUAUGCGUUUUUAGCCUUGCUGUACUGUUGGGCAACUCUCUCUUGGUCAGUUCAAAUCUUGAACUGACCUCCAUGUGAGACAGUUGCCAAGUAGGUGUGGUGGUGCCCACAGUGUUUUUCUAGCCUCUCCUUGAGGACUUGGCAUAGCACUGCCCGUUUCUAGCUGAAGUUUGCUUCUCUGUGACCUCUGAAAGAUGGGCUAUGAGACAAUGCUGUAUUGAUGGUUUAUAGUGUCACUUUAAUAAAUGUAAUGUUGAUUUUACAUCCUGUGUUGUAAGCCUGGCCUUUUCUCACAAUGUUAUCAUUUUUAAAGCUCCGUGCUUUACUUACAAAACCUUAGAGUCAGUUUUUAGUGUUCCACGGGGAUGUUAAUUUUGAACUUAGUUACUGGGAUUCCUAAAGCCACACAGUAUUGUGUUAUGGCCAUGAAAUACUAUUGAAACAGAAUUCGCUCGUACUGUCCCGUGGUGUGCUGUGCCUAGCCCUUGACCCCAGUGGGGCUGGCCGUAACAGACAGCCAUAGUUGAGCCUGAUCGUUUCCUCAACCCCUGGCCUCGUAGACACCACCCUUUGCUUCAUGUCAUUUGCCCCUCAGUGAAUCAUGAGAGUAGCGGUUGGAGGGAAGUACUUGUCCAGGGUUGAGCUUUUCUCUUCCAUGGAUGCUUUUAAACAAUGUCCCGUGGCGGGAAGGGGUUAGCUGCUGACACUGUGCCUGGCUGAUUUCGUUGCUCUUCUGGUUCUUUGAGUUAACUCAAGAACUUUUCACAUGGCAGAGGAAGCCUGAGGUUCAUGUCUUAGACAUCCCUUGUCAAGAAGGCCCAACUCUGCAUAUUUUAGGUCAUCGUCGGUGCCCAUGGUAGCCUUCUGGAGAGUAGCAAGUUCCUGCAGUUGAGACAGAAUGAUCUAGAUUUAUUUUCCACAUCUGCUGUUGGUCCCAUGUAACCUUUCGUUUUACUUUCCAGUUUAUGUAGUGUGAAAGGCUUAGAACGAAGGCCAUCUUCUUUGUGAUUGCUUCUAUUAUUCUGUUGUAUCUAGAGCCUGUUUUCUCCCUGUAUGUGCAUAUGGUAUGUUUAUCAGUGAACUUGUUAAAAUAUUAAAUGAUCAUUAACCUUAA